AUGGACUUGAACCUUGAAGAGCUCUUGGGAGUAAUGGCCGAAUACCACUACGAUGAAGGAGGCAACCUUGCUCUUUAUUUCCUCAUCACCGUCCUUGCUCUCAUCCUCACUCCCUUGACUUUAUCCUCUCUUCCUUCACGAAACGCCCAUUCCUCUACACAACCCACCCCUUGCCAAUGCGAACCGUGCGCCAGUCAGCGGCUCCGUAUGCGUCCAUCACCUUUGCGACUCCCUGGAAAGAAAGUGUCAUUCAUUGUCAUCGGCUGGUCCGUCUUCGCGCUUGCCUGCUGGAAGGCUGCAAGCACUAAACUGGACAACAAAAUCUACGACCCAUUCGAAAUACUGGGUAUUAGACCAGGCUUGACCGAGAAAGAGAUCAAAAGCCACUUCAAAAAAAAUGAGCAAGCUAUAGUGAGCCGUUUAUUUUCGUGUCAACAUGCUAUAUGUGCUACUCAUCCCGACAAAGUUCGUGUUACUGCCAACCAAACAAUCGAAAUGAUCCAGGAUCGUUUCGUGGGGCUUACCAAGGCCUAUAAAUCACUUGUCGACCCCGUGAUCCGCGAAAACUUGGAAAAAUACGGUAAUCCGGAUGGCCGUCAAGAACUUUCAAUGGGAAUCGCUCUUCCGGCAUGGCUCGUAGCUGGACAAAACAACAUCUAUGUACUUGGCGCGUAUGCUUUGCUUAUUGGUGGUUUGCUGCCCGUUUUGGUGGGCCGUUGGUGGUUCGGAAAUCGUCAGAAAACCAAAGACGGUGUCAAUACGCGUUCAGCCGCCGCCUUUUUUCAAAACCUCACAGAGGACUCUACCGAGGCGGACGUUGUACGGAUUCUCGCUGCGGCUUAUGCUUUCGAGUCAGUGGAUACCUCCAAAGAAAGUACCAAAGGACUGGAAAAUCAAAUCCAAGCAACCGUCGGCUCUUCGGUCUGGAGCAAUAUCGUGGGCGUGGAUGUGCGACAGCGACGUUCGAUGACGCUUUUGUAUGCCUACCUCCUGCGAAUCGACGCUGGUAAAAGUUUGUUGAAAGAACAAACUGCACUGAUUUUGCAAACGCCUAUGUUACUGAACGCACUGCUGAUAAUCGCGCAGUCGCGCAACUGGCUCACUCCGACCCUCGCUAUAAUGCGUCUCCAUGCAUUCUUUGCGCAAGCUCUUCCUCCCGCACCAGCUCCGCCUCAGCAUCUGGCUCAACUUCCCAACAUCAAAUUAGAGGAGACUUCUGCCUACAAUUUUGACUACUCUGCAUAUGCUGAGAAAUUGAAGGAGGAUGGAGACGGGCGUGUGACUGAUGUAGAGAAGGCAUUGGGCCGUUGGGGUAGGGUCGAAAUUGUGGGCACGUCUUUCCGAGUGAUUGGGGAGCGCAUAAUAACGCCUUCGUCCAUCGUCUAUCUCGUCGUGAAACUCCGUGUUGUGCCGCCUGGCUCACCUGAACCACCCAAACAAGAGGAGCUAGAGCCAGAUCAGGCAAAACGGCUAAACCGUGCAGCGGAAGAACGAGAGCAGGCUUUCUUGAACUCAAAACGAGAAGCGGAAGACCUUCAGGCAGGUCAAGUCUUUUCGGGAGGAGCGCACGCGCCGUUUUGGCCGGGGACAAGAAAACCUCACUGGUGGAUUGUUCUAGCUGACGACAAAUCGAAUCGUAUCGUUGUUCCCUCAGUAAAGAUAACUGACGUGCCUUUCCGUCGAUCUGGCGAUUCAACUGACUUCCGCUCCUAUAAAAUUCAAUUCCAAGCUCCAAAUACGACGGGCAGUUUGACCUGGCGAGUAUAUGUUGUGAGCGACUCCUUCGUUGGCGAAGAGUCGAGCCAAGACAUUGUGAUGAAAAUUGACGAUGUUUCUGCGCUGAAUGCAGACGAACAAGGAGAGGAAGACGAAAUUUCUGACCCUGAGGAGGAUACUAUUGCCGGUCAAAUGGCAAUGAUGCGAGGCGGAAGUGUGAAGAAAAUCCAGGAGGACGAGGAGAGCGACGAUGAGAGCAGCACGGAUGAUGACGAGAGUAAUGAUAGCAGCGACAGCGAUAGCGACUAG